AUUACUCCUGCCACCAUCCUCUCUGGACUCCAUGUCAUCCAACCUCGACCGCGCCAUCGAAAUAGUGCAACGAGCCAUUGACGAAGACGUCAAGCAGAACUAUGCCGAAGCCUAUAAGCAGUACCAGAACUCUCUCGACUACUUCAUGCUAGCAAUGAAGUACGAGAAGAACGAGAAAUCGCGUGCACUCAUCCGCGAAAAGAUCAACGAGUACCUAAAGCGGGCCGAGACGCUCAAAGAGCACAUUGUCAAUGGGGAGAAAAACAAGAAGAGUGCGCUCACCAAUGGUGGAGGCUCAGGGAACGGGGGCAAGAAAGACGACGGUACUGAUCCCGAGAUGGACAAACUACGCGGUGCACUAUCUCAGGCCAUCGUAUCGGAGAAGCCGAACGUGAAGUGGGAUGAUGUCGCGGGCUUGGAGGGCGCCAAGGCCUCUCUGAAAGAGGCCGUCAUCCUGCCUAUCAAGUUUCCACAUCUCUUCACUGGGAAGAGAACACCAUGGAGGGGGAUCCUGCUAUAUGGGCCGCCUGGGACGGGAAAGAGCUACUUGGCCAAGGCCGUCGCCACCGAAGCCAAUAGCACGUUCUUCAGCGUUAGUUCCUCCGACCUGGUCAGCAAGUGGCAAGGAGACUCCGAGCGACUUGUCAAACAGCUAUUUGAGCUCGCCCGCGAGAACAAGCCCUCUAUCAUCUUCAUAGAUGAGAUCGACUCGUUGGCGGGAUCCCGAAGCGAGGGGGAAUCUGAAGGGUCAAGGCGUAUCAAGACCGAGUUCCUUGUUCAAAUGAACGGUGUCGGUCAUGACGACACAGGUGUGCUCGUCCUCGGCGCGACCAACAUACCCUGGCAGCUUGACAAUGCCAUCAAGCGACGAUUCGAGAAGAGAAUAUACAUUCCGCUUCCUGGACCCGAAGCACGGCGGCACAUGUUUGAGCUGCACGUCGGCGACACACCGUGCGAGAUGACGCAGAAAGAUUACCGGGUAUUAGCAGACAAGACCGAAGGCUAUUCUGGGUCUGAUAUCUCCAUCGUCGUGCGAGAUGCUUUGAUGCAGCCGGUGCGGAAGGUGCUUUCCGCGACACAUUUCAAGCGGGCCGAGGGUGGAAAGAAGUGGACGCCGUGUUCUCCGGGCGAUGGCGACGCUGUAGAGAAGAGCUGGACGGAGGUCGAGUCGGACGAGUUGCUCGAGCCGCCUUUGCGGGUCGGCGAUUUCUUGAAGAGCUUGUCCACGACCAGGCCGACUGUCACCGAGUCAGAUAUCAAAAGACACGAUGAUUGGACUAAGGAGAGC